UCGGCCGGGGCUAUGGCCGCAGAAGAGGUGCUGCAGACCGUGGACCAUUAUAAGACUGAGAUAGAGAGGCUGACCAAGGAGCUCACGGAGACGACCCACGAGAAGAUCCAGGCUGCCGAGUACGGGCUGGUGGUCCUGGAAGAGAAGCUGACCCUCAAACAGCAGUAUGACGAGCUGGAGGCUGAAUACGACAGCCUCAAGCAGGAGCUGGAGCAGCUGAAAGAGGCCUUUGGGCAGUCCUUCUCCAUCCACCGGAAGGUUGCUGAGGAUGGAGAGACUCGGGAGGAAACGCUUCUGCAAGAGUCUGCCUCAAAAGAAGCUUACUAUCUGGGGAAGAUCUUGGAGAUGCAGAAUGAACUGAAACAGAGCCGGGCUGUGGUCACUAACGUUCAGGCAGAAAAUGAGAGGCUCACGGCCGUCGUGCAGGAUCUGAAAGAGAACAAUGAGAUGGUGGAGCUACAGAGAAUACGGAUGAAGGAUGAAAUCCGAGAAUAUAAAUUCCGAGAAGCCCGCCUCCUUCAGGACUACACUGAGCUGGAAGAAGAAAAUAUCACAUUGCAGAAACUCGUGUCCACAUUAAAGCAGAACCAGGUAGAGCGGGAAAAGGCCAUUCUUCUGGCCAAUCUCCAGGAGUCACAGACGCAGCUAGAACACACCAAGGGGGCUCUGACGGAGCAGCACGAACGGGUGCACCGGCUCACAGAACACGUUAAUGCCAUGAGAGGCCUACAGAGCAGCAAAGAACUCAAGGCUGAGCUGGAUGGGGAGAAGAGCCGGGACUCAGGGGAGGAGGCUCAUGACUAUGAGGUGGACAUCAAUGGCUUAGAGAUCCUUGAAUGCAAGUAUAGGGUGGCAGUAACUGAGGUGAUUGAUUUGAAAGCUGAAAUUAAGGCCUUAAAGGAGAAAUAUAAUAAAUCUGUAGAAAACUAUACUGAAGAGAAAGCCAAGUAUGAGAGUAAGAUCCAAAUGUAUGACGAGCAGGUUACAAGCCUUGAAAAGACCAGCAAGGAGAGUGGAGAGAAGAUGGCCCACAUGGAGAAGGAGUUGCAAAAGAUGACCAGCAUAGCCAAUGAAAAUCACAAUACCCUUAAUACAGCCCAGGAUGAGUUGGUGACAUUUAGUGAGGAGCUAGCUCAGCUUUACCACCAUGUAUGUCUGUGUAACAACGAAACCCCCAACAGGGUCAUGCUGGACUACUACAGGCAAAGCAGAGUCACUCGCAGUGGCAGCCUGAAAGGGCCUGAUGAUCCCCGGGGACUUUUGUCUCCACGAUUAGCCAGGCGGGGUGUGUCAUCCCCAGUAGAAACAAGGACCUCAUCUGAACCAGUUUCAAAAGAAAACACAGAGGCCAGCAAAGAACCAAGUCCAACCAAGACCCCCACAAUCUCUCCUGUUAUUACUGCCCCACCAUCAUCUCCAGUAUUGGAUACAAGUGACAUCCGCAAAGAGCCAAUGAAUAUCUACAACCUUAAUGCCAUAAUUCGGGACCAAAUCAAACAUCUGCAGAAAGCUGUGGACCGGUCCUUGCAACUGUCUCGUCAAAGAGCAGCAGCGCGGGAGCUGGCCCCCAUGAUUGAUAAAGACAAGGAAGCCUUAAUGGAGGAGAUCCUCAAGCUCAAGUCCCUGCUGAGCACCAAACGGGAGCAGAUCGCCACACUGAGAGCAGUGCUGAAAGCCAACAAACAGACGGCUGAGGUGGCUCUAGCUAAUCUCAAGAACAAAUAUGAAAAUGAGAAAGCAAUGGUGACUGAAACUAUGACGAAGCUUAGGAAUGAACUGAAGGCUUUGAAAGAAGAUGCAGCAACUUUCUCAUCCCUGAGAGCAAUGUUUGCAACAAGAUGUGAUGAGUAUGUCACCCAGUUGGAUGAGAUGCAGAGACAGUUAGCAGCCGCAGAGGAUGAGAAGAAGACUCUAAACACUUUGUUACGAAUGGCUAUCCAGCAAAAACUCGCCCUGACCCAGCGGCUGGAGGACUUAGAGUUUGACCAUGAGCAGUCCCGACGCAGCAAAGGCAAACUUGGAAAGAGCAAGAUCGGCAGCCCUAAAGUAAGUGGGGAGGCAUCAGUCACCGUGCCCACCAUAGACACUUACCUCCUGCAUAGUCAGGGCCCACAGACACCCAACAUUCGGGUCAGCAGUGGCACUCAGAGGAAAAGACAAUUUUCACCUUCCCUUUGUGAUCAGAGCCGUCCCAGGAUUUCAGGGGCUACCUACCUACAGAAUUUAUUAAGAGUUCCCCCUGAUCCCACCUCCACAGAAUCAUUUCUUCUGAAGGGCCCCCCUUCCAUGAAUGAAUUCAUCCAAGGGCACCGGCUCAGCAAGGAAAAAAGGUUAACCGUGGCUCCACCAGCAAAAAGAGAUUGUCAGCAGCCUGCUGCCUCCGUACCGCCACAGUGCUCACAACUAGCCGGGAGGCAAGACUGCCCAACUGUCAGUCCUGACCUAGCUCUCCCUGAGGAGCAGCCACAUUCCAGCCCGCAGUGCGCCCCUCUCCACUGUCUCUCCAAGCCUCCUCAGCCCUAGUCUCCACCUCCCACGGACGAAUGUCUGAGGUGAAUGCUUUGUAGCCACACACGGGAUACUGCCCAAGACCCUGCGGGUGUUUUCUUCUCGGGUGUGAGAGGUAGGAUUGGAUUCGUGUUCGUCGUUUUGGAAGAUGAAAGUGAAGAAGAAUAACACAAAGCACAGACUCCAGUGUGAUGAAACAGCUGAUGGUUUCUCUAAGUCACAGACAGACUUCUGCAAUCUAAUGGCUAUGGUGAAUUAAACACGAGACAUGAAAGGAAACAGGAGCCGGGUGUCUCAGAUGGCUGGCUGUAUGUACCUCGGUAGCGUGAGGAGACUAAGGCAGCGUAAGAUACAUAGAUUGUAAAAUCCUCUUUCCUUGUACUUCAGAUUCAGCUGUAGAAGUCGAGUCCCAUAUUUUUGGUCAUCGAUAUUUAUUUUAUACUUUAUUUGCCACAUGACUUAUGUCUAUAAAAAUCAUUUCUGUAAGAGGUGAACUUAAUUCAUUUAUUUUUAAAUACACAUAAUUUGCUCAAUUAAGUAUGAGUUUUAAGUUAGUUUGAGAUCUGGAAUCGACCAGACUGUGGUCAUAUUUCUUGCACAAAAUAAUAAAUGAGGUGCAUUGGAAUGUUAACAAUAACUGUAUUUUGCUGCUACACUGAUAUUGUUUAUGUGCUCAUUUACAUUAACUGCUGGUGGUUUUUUUUAAAACUAGAAUUAUUUACUUUAUUAAGUAAAUCUAAGAAAGACUAUGUUAUGAUUCAUUGACUUACUCAACUUUCAACAGCAUCUUUAAUUUUUUAAAACUGCAGACAAGUAGAUCACUGGUGCUGCUCUCGUGUGUGUGUGUGUGUCUGUGUGUGUGUGUGUGUGUCUGUGUGUGUGUGUGUGAGAGAGAGAUAAUGUUCAGGAAGCUAAAUAACGUGAAGGGGGAAAAAGUGUAUUUAUUUAAUGACCAGAUUUUUUUUUACUUUCCCAAAUUCAGGGCCCCUACCAUGAGUCUUUCCUGCAAAAAGGUAUCAAACUGGGAAAAAAUAUACAUAGAUGUAAGUUAGCCUUUGGUUAAUUAAUUUACCCAGAAAGUGUUCAAAUUUUGAUUAAAAGUGUGUGUUUUGUUGUU